CACCAAGAAAGGAAAAAUGUCCCGGUCGUGCAAGGUGGCGGUGAUCGGGGCCGGAGUGUCGGGUCUGGUCGCCAGCCGAGAGCUUCUCCGGGAGGGUCACCGAGUUGUGGUGUUCGAGAAGGCGGACCGGGUGGGCGGGACCUGGGUGUACGAUCCCGAGACCGACUCCGACCCGGUCGGCCUGAACCCGGCCCGGCGGGUUGUCCAUGGGAGCCUCUACGCGUCGCUCCGCACCAACCUCCCCCGCCUGCUGAUGGGAUUCCGUGACUACCCCUUUCCGGAACCGGCGAAGACCCCUGGCGACCGGCGGGCGUUCCCGGGCCACGCGGAGGUUCUCAGAUUUAUCGAGGCCUUCGCGCGGGACUCCGGGGUGCUCGAGGCGGUGCGGUUCCGGGCGGAGGUGGUGCGGGUGGCGAUGGGUCGAAGGAAGGACGAGUGGGUGGUGGAGUGGCGGACGGAGGCGGAGGCAGAGGUAGAGAAGGAAGAGUUCGAGGCCGUAGUGGUGUGCAAUGGGCACCACACCGAACCCAGCGUUCCAACGAUUGCAGGUAUUGAUAGAUGGCCUGGAAAGCAAGUACAUAGCCACAACUAUCGUGUUCCAGAACCAUUUCGAGACCAGAUUGUGGUUGUCAUUGGAAUGGGAGCCAGUGCCUAUGAUAUAUCUAGAGAAAUAUCAAAAGUGGCCAAAGAAGUUCACCUAGCAUCAAGAUCAACGAAUACUGAAGUUGGAAAACAUGAUGGUCAUAUUAACAUUUGGCAGCACUUAAUGGUAGACUGUGUUCAUGAAGAUGGUAAGGUGGACUUUGUUGAUGGUUCAUCACUAAUUGCAGAUGUGAUCAUUUACUGCACAGGUUACAAGUACCAUUUCCCUUUUCUCGAAACAGAUGAUGAUACUGUAAACAUUGAAGACAACCGUGUUGGACCUUUGUAUAAGCAUGUUUUCCCUCCAAGGGUAGCUCCAUGGCUAUCUUUUGUGGGAUUACCUUAUAAGGCCAUCAUUUUCCUAAUGAUGGAGUUACAGUCCAAAUGGAUAGCGCAAGUUCUGUCCAGUAAGAUUGCACUGCCACCAGAAGAGGACAUGAUUGCAUCUGUUAACAGCUUAUAUCAACAAAUGGAAAAGAGAGGGAAGCCAAAACACCAUACGCAUUCACUUACAGAUAAUGUUUCAAUGGCUGAGUACAUGAAUUGGCUUGCUGCUGAGGUUGGUGAGCCACCCAUAGAGAAGUGGAGAUUCCAGAUGUAUGACACAGCAAUCGAGAGAAUUUAUGAUCAUCGUGGCGAUGGGUAUCGAGACAGAUGGAAUGUUGACCAUUAGACAAGGGUGGUGCUGAUGUUAUGACAUUGAAUAUCUAUUCAAAUUACUUGAUAUUCUGUAUCAUGAUGGAUUAUAAAAUCCAAGCCAUCAUCUCUUUGUAGGAAGUUGAGCUGUUAAUAGAGUCAAUUCUUCUGUCAUUCUGAGCCAGAAAAUAGUUAUUGCUAAUGCCACGCCUCCUCAUACAUUCAAGAACACAGUCUUUAGAAGAUUUGAGCGGUAGUGAAGAUUUGAAAGGCUCAAAGACUUGUCAAUCUUGUUACAAAUGUCCAAGCUUAUGACUCAUGAUUAUUCCUUCAAAAAAUAAAUAUCAUCAACAUUGUAUGCUUGAUAUUGGAUAUUGAGACUGGUUUCUAGUUGACAAAUUU